GCGUCCGUCAUCCGCUGAUGAAUCCAAAAUGGCGAAUUGUGUAGGUGCGUCGUCGUCGCGAUGAGCCCCUACGCGGCAUCGUUUUUACGUCGUGUCAAGCUGAAAGCUGUCCUCGUACGAAAUUAGAGCUCUCAGCGACCGUGGGAACAGAAGAAAAGAACCCUGCAGGAGCGCUUCGAACAGCUGAAGAGGAGGCAGCGCAGAGCCUGCCCCCCGAAACCUGAACAAUGGAGGAAGAACGGCUUGAAACGGAAAACCGGCGCUUGGCUGACCAACUGUCCAAUCAGGUGUCUCAUCUCAAGAGUCUGGCCUAUGACAUCGAACUGGAGACCAAAGAACACAACCGCCUACUUGGAGGACUCGGCUGGGACUUUGAUGGAUCUCAAGGCAUUCUCUCGGGCAGCAUGGGCCGCGUGAACAAGAUGCUCAAGUCCAACAGGUCCAACCGCCGGCUCAUGUGCUACGUGAUUCUCGGAGUGGUGGUGUUGGUGCUGCUUGGAUACGCGCUUGCCAGCAGGGCGACUCAUCAAUGAUGUUACCCAAGCAAUGCAAAGGAUGUGCACAUGCAUAAAUUUCACAUGAAAAAACUGCUUUGUCCUGACACCUGGUGGGUCAUCUGUACAGUGCUGAUGUACUGUGGCAGCCACUGUUUGUUGUAAUUUGCUUUGGAAUGUACUGAAGGUUGCCAGGUUUACUGACUUUGUGUCUGGACGCUAACUUUUGAGUUGUGUUAGCUACAACAUUUCAGCUGCUGUACUGCUUUACUACUUUCCCGUUCUUGAAUGCUAUGUUCUCCGUGAAUUGCCGGACCACUUCAUUUCCGUGCUCGUCGUGGGUAGAAGGGUCAGAAAUGCCUAUGCUGUCUAGAUCCCAGAAGUGCUGUAAGGUUUCAGGCACGGCAGUCUCUGUGCAACUCGUGCAAAGGACGCAAACGUGCACGCGGACUUCUUUAAAAAUGCGACCGUUGCAUGUUACAGGCCCUUGAAAUGUCCAGCCAAGCUUGGUGUUGAUCGCAGCAAGUCCUGUCAUUUCGUCGUGCGACCAAACAUUGUGCAACUCGUGCGAAGGACGCAAACAUGCGCGCGGACUUCUUUAAAAAUGCGGCCGUCGCAUUGUACAGGCCCUUGAAAUGUCCAGCCAAGCUUGGUGUUGAUCGCAGCAAGUCCUGUCACUUCGUCGUGCGACCAAACAUCGUUUAGCACGAGCUUCCACAUUAUGUCUGCUCGAAUGAGCAAGCUUAUGCCGACUUCUGUUUUUAGGCCAGGAAGCGAUACAAAGUAUCCCCUCAUCCUGCUCCCAUGUGUAGGGUAGCAAAUCGGUUGUGCUGAACUGGUUAACCUCCCUGUCUUUCCUUCUCCACCCUUUCCUUCUUUCCUUCCUUGAAAGCAAGGUCAGAUACAGUUGAACCGGAAAGAAGUCGCAUUCAACAUGAGAAUGGCUUCAUUAUAGCCUAUAUUUGUUAUAAGCAUAUAUUUGUUACAAGCUGAUAUCAAGGAGCAGCUUUUUAUAGUUACUGCAUUAUAUCAAAUAACUUCCUAUAUCCAUGUUAUAUCGAGGUUGGAUUGUAUCACACCGCUAACAUAAUAUUUUGGUAGUAAUGAAACUGCUCAUGAGCAGUCAUGUAUUGUGCUAUGAAAUUCAGCUACUUGUCUCAUUUUUGUUUUCCGUGAUGCUGAAGUGAAUUCUGAGGUCAUCAUUUGAACAUGUCUCUCACAUCCACGUAGAGGAGCACGGAGUAUGGGUUCCUUAUACAUCAUUAAGUCAUUAUUUGGCUAAAUUUCUCUGAUGUGUGGCUCAGAGUGGCUACUUUUGGUUAUAUUUGAGGAUUUUAUGGCUACGUGUCGAAUUUGGGACUUGGGAACCCUAACACUAGCUUUCUUUUUUGUCUCUCACUCUAAUGACACUUUCUUUUUGUUUGUUUUAGUCUGCCCUCUUUCAAAAUAGUACUAUGUAGUGGAUGCUUGAUGAUCUUAUAGCAACGUGGAUCAGCUCUUAUGUCUGAAGAGUCACAUAAGGUGGUUAUGUGGCAGUUUAGCUGUUCAUGUAAUGUGUGAAACAGGUAACUAGUGGUCUAUAUUAUAGGAGAAAGAUGGGGUGGCUAGGGAAGAAUGUGGUUCAGGACAGCAAAGAUUAUGGAGAAUAAGGGGAUGAGGCAAUUGAGCGGCUUGAGAAUGUUGUGACCUGUCGUGGGAUGAGAAUAACUGGACAUUGCUAUAGAUACCUUCAUUCUGCAGUAGUCUUAAAUUAUGCUGAUGAUAUAGUCUAGUUCUUCGUGUUAUAUUCUGUUUUGAUUAAGAAGAAAACUGCUGCUGGCCUAAUUUGGAGCACAGGCAUAUUAUGGUGACAGCAUAAUGCUUCUCAAGUGAGUGUUACCCUGAUAGUUAUAAAGAACUACAUCAUGAGCUGCAAUGGACUUUCAGCAGAAACAUUCUGAGUUAUGUAAUACACAUGCUACAAUAUUGGGAGGUAGUGUAAGUGGGCAGAAAGGGGGAUUACAUUAUUCAUUGCAGCAGUAAGUCGAUGCUAAAACAUCUGAAAGCCAUGUAAACGUCUCUGCAAAGGCCUUGAAAGAUUUGCCAUGUUACUAAAGAAAAUGGGGCGACCACAUAGCUUCUGCUUUGUUAGUUUAAUGUUACUUGCAAAGGUAAGAAAAAUGUAGCAGCAUACAUAGCUAUAUUGUUUUUCUCUUUACUUGUUUAUGAUAAGAUACAUAUCCGUUGCUCUUGUUAGCAAGAAAGACUGUUAUGAAUAAGAAGUGAUGGCGUGGAGUUACGACAUAGACUUACUCAUGCAAAUUCAUAUCACGGUAGUAAUAGCAUAAGUUUUUUGUGAACAGGUGAAUCUAUUUUGCAGAGAACCAUGAACAGAAAAUGCAAAAUUUUACAUGUGUGCUUUUGAUGCAGCUUGUAAAGAGCGCUGCUAAUCAUGACUCAUGACAUGCACAAGAAGGCUGGCUGAUAUCAACUGUCUUCAUUAUUGAGCUCAAGAAUUAUGAAAACGUUCAAAACAUUGCACAGCCAGGACUGAUCUUGCCAGCUUCUUGCAAUAACUACAUAUAUGCAAGUGAGAAUGUUUCCACGUGUUCGUAACAUGGGCUUCGAGUCAAUAUGGUGAAUUUUGCUGGCCGAGGUUCACAGCAGUGGUGGAGUUCAGAAUUUGCAUGAUGAUCCCAGACAAAAUAUUUAGCUGAUUUUCUCUUAUUCAUUACCUAAUUAAUUACUGUGGUAGUGCAACUAGUGCAAUUGCAGAAUGUAAGCAUGCCAUUGCUCAAGCCAUAUUUGCAAAAAAUUCUUACACUUGCAUCACUUCCAAGAUCACCGUUCCCAAAACUUGCUGCAAGUUGCAUUGGUAUUCUACUACAUACUCAUCGUUUUCUCACAAGCCUUUGGGCAAUAUGUAACAAAGCUUCAUUGAACAUGAAUGUAUGGAAAAUCAGGCGUACAAGACACGAACGCAAGGAAACCAAGAGGGACAACAUAAACACCGACUAUCAACGGAAAUGUCACACAGGGAUGGAAAAAGAAUGAAGACACAUAAGCUUUCUGCACAUGCUCAUGGGAAGGCAAGCGUAGUCCAAAAUUUGAACAUAGUGUAGUUCUAUUCAGACAUAGAUAUUAAGAAGUGCCUCUUAUGGUUGAAGUGUGGCAUACCAGUAAUAGCAGUAGCAUGUGCAUAAGUCAGGCCUUGAUUAUCUUGCACAACAAGGAAUAUUCGUGAUGUUAUCUUUUGCGAGUGCCCACUGAUUGAUAGGUAGGCACUGGCUUCCCAUGAGCACAGAUAGUUUUUGUGUAUUCCUUCUUUUUCCACCCAUAUGACCUUUAAGGUCAUAGUCAGUGUUUGUGUUGUUUUUGUGUCUGCAUUUUGUAUGCCUGGGAUUCCGUACCAUGAAACCCUACGAACUUUCUCAGCUUUCUGUUGUUCUAAACACCAAAUUUUUAUUGCUGAUUUCAAGGACCAUUAUCUUGAAAUUGGCGCUGUUGUCAAAAUCGCUGCUGAGUUGACUUGUCUUGACCAUUACCAGGCUUUAAUUUCCCAAAUGCAACAUGCGCUAAAGUCAUUAACCCCUUCCGAGCCUUGGGCGAGCUGUGCUCCUGGUGAAAACAUUCCAGGUAAAAAUGGUCAUGGACGAGCUAAGCUCGUCGAUGGUACUUUUCAUUUUUUAGCAACGCCAUGGAUUAGCUGGUUUCAUCUCGGUGCUUUGUCAUGCUUCUUGCAGAUGGCCGCACACAAUCUGUGAGGCAGAGCAUGUAGGAGCGAGUUUAUUUUUGCAGAGGAAGUAAAACAAGUUGGCAACUAGGGUCUUUAAACAUAGUGUCGCUAGCAGUUCGAGCUUCGUUGGUUUCCUCGCGAAAAAUAAAAGCUGACUUCAGCGAUUAAUCCGGAGUUGAAGUAUAUGCUGUUCUUCUAUUGAAGAAAGCACCUAGAUUCCCAAUGCACGCAGCUCAAUUUUUUAGAGGCAUUACUGGUGAAUUAGACAGUCUGAAAGCCAUGCGGCAAACUCCAUAUAAACAAAGUCCCUGCCUACCCGCCUUGCUUCUCGUUUUUGGCAUCUCUAGGUGAGACCAUGGAUGUGGAAGACACAGAUGACCAUUGGAGUACUUCAGAGUGUACUCUGCAGGCGAACAUAGAGUUUCAUGUUCUCUUUUCAUACCUGUGGCAUAAUAUAUGGUACAAUGCUGUUAAGAUUCAGUUUCCUAUAAUGGUUGAGGUUUUGAAUAAAUAAACACUUAAAGCAUUGUC